AUAGCAAGCUAGCUAUAGAGUACUGUAGCUAUAAAGAGCCGGCCAUGCAUAGAGUUCCCAGCUCUUGUGCAUGAUCUACCUGGACGUACCUAUGCUCUGGGGCAAGACGCUAUGGACGGCCAAUCGAAUGAUAGAGGACUGUGUCCAAUAGCAACGUGUACUGUACCCAAAAUUUCAUUCCAGUCAGUUUUCACUGCAAGUUGAAGUACUCUCUUCAGUUCAAUUGUCUUUUCACUGGGAUUUUCCUGUUUCAUUGAUCAUGCAUCGACUCAUGGCUUCAAGACCUCCCACAGGGCUCAACCGAUCACUGCAUUACAACCCCCACGACGAUCUAUAUCAGCAGGGUGUCCACCUCAAGAACUUCAUUCCAAGUUCUUCUGUUGAGUGUCAUGUCUCCCGCUGUGGCUCUCAACCUUGGAGUAACUUCAUCUCUCCUCAUGCCAAGUGUGGGAUUGCUCAAGUGAUGAGUUUUGGACAGAGAACCUCUCAUCCUCUCUUCUCUGCUAUUAACCCUGGCACCAUCAUCACCUCAACCUUCACCUUCAAGCACUGCCAAUGGGCCUGGGAGACCUGUGUCGAUCCUCUCAUGGACUCCUCUGUUGAUCCACCUUCCUAUCAGUUCAGCUACACUCUCCUCAACACCAGCUGGGCCCGGGAAAGUUCCGUGGACCUUAUCAAGUACUCCAAUACCAAACCGCUGCUCUCUUCCAUGAGAAAGGACAAUCUCAAGAGCGUCCCAACUGCUUGCUCCAGUACCCAAGUGGACAUCCCUGAAAUUGAGAGCGAACCUAUUCCCAGCAUUGCUACUUGUUCAACCGAGAAAAAUGCAUCUGUUCCAUCCAUUGAGAAAAAGUGGUCUAAGGAUGCCAUCACUAAGGACAUUUCUGAGUGUGCCACUCAUUCUAAGAAUGAACCUGCCAAUGGCAAAGAGGAGCCCAGGAGGAACAAGCCGUGCCAAUCCAAGAAGCUGAGUGGCUACCAAAAGAGGAAGAAGAAUAAGGCCAAGGCUGACGCCACCUCAAAGCAGGCAAAGGAGGGCCAGAAGUCCCCCACAACAUUGGAGAAGAGGAUCAAGCUGAUACUGGGUGUGGUAAGGAGUGGAUCUCGUACUGGCAAGGUCCCACCUCCUCUCAGGGCGGGAAGGAAGGGAGACAACACUAAUAAGAACGUUUUCGUCUGAUUAGCUAUAAACAGAUGGACUAAUUAUGUGCAUUUUUCAAUUUGUUUCAAUUCAUUUCAUGUGAUGUUUUUAUCUUACAAUAUUAUAUACAA